AUCUGCCUGCGAUAAGUAUUUCUUACAACUAAAAACUCACGGUUAGCAUGGCAUCGGACAGGCUACUACUCAAUCCAGGAAAUGCAUUAUCUAUCGUGCCACUUCACAGCCAAUUUGGCAAAGGGUUUCAGGAGACUGUGUUUGAGGAAAAACAGCACUGGCAAUAGACCUGCUGCUCCUCUGGGUUCAAGAAUUUUAACUAACUCCAAUGACAUAUUUAAACAUAAUAUGUGGGACCAUGUGCAGUGGACAGAAGCGGACAAAGAAAAUGCACGACUCAAGGCAGAAGAAAACUCAAGCAUAAGAGUUCCUUUGGAUCAGCAAGUUACAUUUGCCCGAGAUGCAGGGCAAAUAUGGGAGAAGUUUUAUAAGACACACCACAAUAAGUUCUUUAAAAAUCGUAAGUGGCUGUUUGCAGAAUUUCCAGAACUGCUUCCAUCAGGUCAAACCAGGACCUCACAACCAGAACCCCGCAGCCCCUCUGAGCACAUAGAAACUGCUCACCCAAGCUGUAAUUUAGCUUUGGAAAACAAUGAUGGAGACACACAGACUCCUUCUUUCCCUGGACAGCAUGCUGCAUUUAGGAUUCUAGAGGUUGGCUGUGGAGUUGGCAACAGUGUAUUUCCUAUUUUGAAUACAAUAAAAGGGACAGAUGCUUUUGUUUACUGUUGUGACUUCUCUUCACAUGCUAUUGAGCUGAUGAAGGCUCACCCAGACUAUGAUGCCUCUAUGUGUCAUUCUUUUGUCCAUGAUAUUUGUGAUGAGGAGGUUCCCUUUCCCUUCCCAUCUCAGAGUCUGGAUGUUAUUCUGGCCGUCUUUGUGCUCUCCUCCAUUCACCCAGAGCGAAUGCAAGGAGUUGUUAACAGACUAUCAGCAUACCUCAAACAUGGAGGAAUAUUCCUUUUCCGAGAUUAUGGAAGAUAUGAUUUGUCACAGCUCAGAUUUAAAAAGGGUCGUUGUCUAUCAGAGAAUUUUUACACUCGUGGAGAUGGAACCUGUGUGUAUUAUUUUACCAAAGAAGAGGUUCAGAACUUAUUUUUCAAUGCUGGACUUGACGAAAUUCAGAAUUUGGAAGACAGACGUCUUCAAGUGAAUAGAGGGAAAAAAGUAGUAAUGCGGCGAGUGUGGGUGCAAAGUAAAUUCAAGAAAAGAUGAUUUGUAAUUUUUUUU